CAUUAUUUACUCAUAUUUAUAUAAAGUUGGUUUGUUACGUAAUAAACAUAAUCACGUGAUAUACGCUGCAGCUUCGAUGCAUUAUGACAUCAUAAUACACUCCGGAUGUGACGUAACAUAGCAGCGUUCGUUUUCACUCCCGGGUUGUUUCUCUUUUAUCCUCCUGGAGGGAGGAGUGGGAGAAUCUUUGUUUCUUAAUUAUAAUUUGCAGGAAGUUAGCAAAAUGGCCGAACAAAUGGAAAAAACGAAACGAAUGCGAUCUUAUGUUUUAAAAGAAAUAUUAAAAACUGAGCAAGAUUAUGUGGAAACUCUCAAAUUCUUGUGUUCGGUAUUCAUGGAACGCCUACAGAAUCGCGAAGACGACGAAAACGAUAAACUAAUUCCACAAGGAUCGGUGUUAUUGUUGUUGUCGAAUGUUGAAGAUUUGUAUAAAUUUCAUCGAGAAUUACUUACGACAAUGGAAGAAGCGUUAAACCCGGAAGUGACGUAUGAUAAGAAGAUUGGAGCCGCAUUCCUUAAAUAUAAAAGCAGCUUCGAGGUUUACGCUCCAUAUUGUUCCAACCACGAGAGGGCGCAAAAGAAGUUGAACGAAUUGACAGAAAAUCCAGAAUUCCAAGGAUUCAUUCUCGGUUGUUUGUUGCUAGGCAACUAUGUUAAUGAUGUUUCUAUGGAAGGAUUUUUGCUUACCCCAAUCCAGAGGAUCUGUAAAUACCCCUUGUUGUUGCGGGAGUUGUUCAAGAAGACGCCUCCCGACCACCCGGAUUACCCACACGUUGAACAAGCCUUGAAUUUAAUGAAGGAGGUUUGUUCGAAUGUAAACGAAACAAAACGACAACUUGAACAACUCGAAAAACUUGAAGAUCUUCAAUCAACUAUUGCUAGUUGGGAGGGAGCAAACUUAACGGACACUUGCACGAGGUUAAUCAAACAAGGGUCUCUCAUCAAAAUUUCGGCCGGAAAUAUUCAAGAACGUCAAUUCUUCUUAUUUGAUCAUUUGCUGGUUUACGCUAAAAAGAUAAAUGCUCUUCCAAGAUUGGAUACGAGCAAGACCGGAACUUUGCAACGAACAAAGAAAUUAAAACGCAAGAAAUCCUCGAUGGACCAACGGAAGUGGAUUUUUAAAGGAAGGAUUUCAACGGAGUUGAUGGAGAUUGAAAACUUGGAUGAUGGAACUUCCGACUUCCACUGCGGUGGCUACACGGUGAACAACGGGUGGAAAGUAUUGAACGCAGCAAAGAACAAAUGGUUUGUGUUGUUGGCAAAAGAUAAAGAAGAAAAAGAAGCGUGGCUGAAUGAAUUUGUGCUCGAACGGGAGAAACGGAAAAGCAAAGUGAGCAUGGACCAGCGUGACAGCAUAGACGUAAUACACGGACGUGGGCGUAGAAUUUAUUACAAACUAACCCAUCAGGGGUUGAUUAAAGAUCGUAAAUCUAAGAUGCGGACUCACCCAAAGUCUCUGCUUGGAAAUGAGUUGGUCCAAUGGUUAGUCGACAACAAAGAAGCAAUGAGCGCCGAUGAAGCGGUGAUGUUGGGUCAAGCGCUGUUGGAUUGCGGGAUUAUUCAUCACGUGCAAGACCGUCACCAUUUUCGUAACGAAGCGAUUUUGUUUCGGUUUCGAUACGACGACGGAACGUUUAAACCUCGCGGAGAAAGUCAGGACUUGGUUGCGAAAGGGUUGCGAAUUUACUGCAGGGUGCAUGCCAUGUUUCAACCUAUUGUCAGGGAUAAAGAUCGCAACUUCCGAAGUUAUAAACAAGUAAUUGAGGCACGCAAAUUAAUCGAUUGGUUGUUGGACCAAGGGGAUUGCCAAAGUCGCGAGGAAACUUGUAAUCUUGGACAAAGUUUGUGUGAGAAUGGGAUU